GGGUGUAAAGGUCAGUAGUUGCCAUCAUCUGAACAGAGGGUCUUGAGGUGGUGGAGUAAAAUGGUCAGUGCUGGGGAGCACAGGAUGACACUGGAGUCGGCUACCAAGCUCCCAAGCACUCAGGAAACCCUGGGUUUGGGCUAGGGUCACUUCAGCAGAGCUCCGCCUCCCUCUCAGAAGGAGGAUGUGAAACCUAUUCCCCUGAUUUGUGCAAACCAACGCCCUAGUUCAAAGAACAGAAACCAAACCCUCCUCUGACUGCAGCCCCUCCCUUUAGGGACCAAGCAGACAGGAUUGGAAUCUAGGAAGUGCAGAGCAGAGAGCAGAGACUGUGAAGGGCAGGAUCUGGAAGGAAAUCUGGGCAGAUCAGCCUUUGCUUCCCAGCUGUUCUGCUCUCCGAAAACACCAGAAACCCAGCACUGAGCAUUCGGUCUGGCUGCUGGACAUCCCAGCUAAGAAGACGCCAUAGACAGCUACCCCAGCGACCUUGUUCCCAGGGAAGAGGGAACAUCACAGGAGGGUCACUCACUUCAUCACUGGGGAGCAGCACCAUCAACUGUUACCAACCAUGGGUCAGUCCUCCUCUUCUACACCCCCUCAGAAGGAGGAGCCUGAUUUGACUUCCAGCCUCAACACAAAUCUUUACAAUUUCAAGAUGGAAACCAAUAUCCUGUCUCAGGAAUUAACCACCUUGAUUGAAUCAUACCUAAAGGACGGGAACCUGCGGGGAACAGUUUCUGCAAUCAGCGAUGCUCUGAGUGACAUCGAGAAAAUCCCACUGAACAUCGCAGUGAUGGGGGAGAUUGGGGCUGGAAAAUCCAGUCUCAUCAAUGCUCUACAGGGGGUGGGGCCUGAUGAAGAGGGUGCGGCUGCUUCCACCGGAGUGUUAUGUACCACCACUGAGAGAACACCAUACCCAUACUCCAAGGUUCCCAGUGUGACACUAUGGGACCUGCCGGGCAUCGGGUCCACUGCCUUCCAACCACAUGAUUACCUGAAGAAAAUCAAGUUUGAGGAGUAUGACUUCUUCAUUAUUGUCUCUUCUGGACGCUUUAAACACAAUGACGCAGAACUAGCCAAAGCCAUUGUGCAAGUGAAUAGGCAUUUCUAUUUUAUUCAAACCCACACAGACAAUGAUCUAAUGACUCAAAAACAGCGUUGGCCUCAGAGAUUCAAUAGAGAGAACACCUUAAAGCAGAUUCGAAAUUCCAUCUCAAGUAUACUUAAGGAAGUGACCCAGCAGGAACCUCCAGUCUUUCUAGUCUCUAACUUUGAUGUGUCUGACUUUGACUUCCCAGAGCUGGAGGCCACCCUUCUGAGGGAGCUCCCAGCCCACAAGCGGCACAUCUUCAUGCUCACUUUGUCAGUUGUUACGCAGUCCGCCAUAGACCAGAAGAGGGACACAAUGAAACAGAAGGUCUGGAGGGAUUCCGUAAUGCCAAGGGCAUGGGUCACCAUGUCAUUUAAGGGCUUGACUAAAAAUGACAUAGAGAAGUUAAAAGAGACUUUGAACUUUUGCAGAUCUUCCUUUGGCCUGGAUGAGGCAUCCCUGGAAAACAUCGCUGAGGAUUUGCACGUGGCCCUGGAGGAACUCAAGGAGAACAUUAAGUCUCCACAUUUGUUCUCAGAAGAGCAGGGUAAAUCCUUAACAGAUAAACUUUCGGAGUACAUCAGCCACUCUUACUUUUCAAAGACUUUGCACUUGCAAAAUUUCUUCAUUGACACUGUGGCAAAUGAUGUUAAAAUUCUCCUUAGCAAAGAAGAGCUUUUCACAGGGAAGCAUCUUCUGGAAACAGCUGCAUGCAAGUCUUCUAGACCCUCUCCUUCAACGGCCCAGCUUUUGGCAUCCAGCUUUGAAAAAUUUUUUAAGAACUUCAAGAAGGAAAACAAAAUCCUCUCUGAGGAAACUAUCACCUUGAUUGAAUCCCACCUGGAGAAUAAGAACCUCCCAGGAGCGGUUUCUGCAAUCAGCAAUGCUCUCAGAAACAUCGACAGAGCCCCACUGAACAUCGCAGUGACGGGAGAAGCAGGAGCGGGCAAAUCCAGCUUCAUCAAUGCCCUGAGGGGAGUGAGGGAUGAAGAAGAAGGCGCAGCUCCCACUGGGGUGGUAGAGACAACCAUGGAGAGAACUCCAUACCCCCACCCAAAGCUUCCCAUGGUGACAAUAUGGGACCUGCCUGGGAUUGGAUCCACAUCGUUCCCUCCCCAAAACUACCUAACGGAAAUGAAGUUUGCUGAGUAUGACUUCUUCAUUAUCAUCUCGGCUACUCGCUUCAAAGACACUGAUGCACAUUUGGCCAAAGCCAUUGCCAAGAUGAAUACAAAGUUCUACUUUGUCCGAACCAAGAUAGAUCAAGAUGUAAGUAAUGAAGAGAAAAGUAAACCUAAGACUUUCAAUAGAGACAGCGUCUUAAAGAAAAUCCGAGACGACUGUUCAAGGCAUCUCCAGGAGACUCUCUCCAGUGAGCCCCCAGUCUUUUUGGUCUCUAACCUUGAUGUGUCCGACUUUGACUUCCCAGAGCUGGAGACCACCCUACUGAGCGAGCUCCCAGCCCACAAGCGCCAUGUCUUCAUGCUGUCCUUGCACAGUGUUACGGAGACUGCCAUUGACCAGAAGAGAGAUUUCCUGAAACAGAAGAUCCAGCUGGAGGCCUUGAAGGCUGGAGCUUGGGCCACCAUUCCAUUUGGGGGCCUGGUCCUAGAUAAGAUCCAGAAGGUAGAGGAGACCUUGGACCUCUACAGGUCCUACUUUGGGCUGGAAGAUACCUCGCUGGAAAAUAUUGCCAAGGAUUUUAACGUGUCUGUCAAUGAGAUCAAAGCACACCUUAAGUCUCUCCAUUUGCUAACAAGGACCAAUGACAUGUCCUUAGAAAACAAACUAUGGAAAUACAUUGAAUAUAUUUCCUCUGUUACUGGGGGGCUACUUGCCACAGGCCUUUACUUUAGAAAGACUUUCUAUUUGAAAAAUCUCUUCAUUGAUACAGUGGCAAGUGAUGCCAAGACUCUUCUCAAUAAGGAGUUUUUAUCAGAGAAGCUGAUUGACCCCCCAGAAUACUGGGAAGCAGCGAUGGAGCUAUGAGUCACUUACCUUCAGGCUGGCUUUGGUCACUGACUUAUGAGCUACUUUGAAGCAGCAAACAUUUUCUAUGAAAGACCAGAGGGCUCACCUCUUUCAGAGACUGUGGCAGCUGAAUAAGAGUCAUCAACAGUGUAAACACACAUGGGAAAAGCUGUCUCCCACUAAAAUAUCAUGAUGAGAACACACGGGUAUAUACAAGUGACUUAUAAUAUCCUUCUGAGAUUAAACUUGGAUCUUUUGUCUCGCGGAGAUUCCCCAGGCAUUGCCACAAGAAUAUCAUUUGGGGUUAUGAAGGACAGGGGGCUGAUUCCCAGAACACAUCUCCACAUGAGGCGGUAUCUCCUGGACACAAGAGCCACAUGGUAGAUGGGAUUGUGACCAUUGUCCAUGCUUCUCCAGGAUGGACACAAGAGUCUCAGCACUCUUCCUGAAAUGCAGAGGCAAAUACCAUAACCCCUUUCUUCUGUCCUUAGCUCUAAGUCCAGAACCACAUGGCCGAAACUGCCAAGUCCCACUGCUUGCUAGGGCUGGAAAAUGGCCCCCUUGUUUAUUUACGUCUUCACCAGCUACCUGGUUUUGAAGGUUCCCAUCACUGCCUAAGCUUGGCCAUUUGGAAACUUGCUCUGUAGACCAGGCUGGCCUCAAACUCAGACAUUGGCCAGCCUCUGUCUUCCCAGUGCUGGGAUUAAAGGUGUAUACCACCACACCAGGCUCUAAACUUUUCUCUAGAGCCUUUCCAGGAGUUGAAAAUUUAGCUGGGUGGGAUUUUGCCCUGAGGUCACCACUUCUGUUAGUACAUUUCUUAAUCUGUUUAUCUUCUUGGACACAGGAUUUAGCUCUAUUCCACUUCCUGGUGAUUUUUUUCCUCCUUAAAAUUUACAUUUUAUAAUUUACCCUGCUCAGAUUGCUCUUUUUCAUUAUAAAUCUUCAUCAGAGUUAACACUAAUUCAUUAGCAUUAACCUGACAUAAUACAUACCAGGCUAUUUUGAGAUUUCUUCUGCCAAUGGAAUUAAUCCAAAAGUAUUAACUUUAUCCUCAGGCAGACUCUUCAGACAAGGGCAGAAGAUAGCUACUUUCUUCACUAAAAUGUCACAAGAGCUAUCUACUAAGGCAGCAUACUAAAAUUCUCCCAUGAAACCUCUUGAGCAAACCCCCAGAGUUCAUCAAAUCACAUUCAACACCACUGUCUUCCAUGCUAGUACCAGUAUGGCCCAUUUAGCAGUACUUAAAGCAUUCAACUGCUUUUCUAAUCCAUAGUCCUAACGUCCAUAUUCCUUCAAACAAAAGCAUGGUCAGACCUAUAAUAGCAAUACCCCACUCCUGGUACCAACUUCUGUCUGAGUUAGGGUUUCUGAUACUGUGAAGAGACACCAAGACCACAGCAUCUCUUGUAAAGGAAACAUUUAAUUGGGGUGGAAACAUUUAAUUCGGAUAUUCAGUCCAUUAUUAAUGUGAUGUCCUGUCCCUUUAAGAGACAAGCCACGCCCACUCUCUCCUGUCUGUUGUCUGCUGAGGCUGAUCUUCAGCUUCCAGCCUGAGUCCCUUCUCUUUUCUGUCCCUCCCACAAAGGCAGCUUCUGCCUUGCUCCAUUCUCCCCACUUCUCCCCUUUUCCCCUCUCUGUCUCUCUCUGUUUCUCUCUGCUCUUCCCCCUUCUCCCCUUCCCCCUUCUUCCCUUCCCUUCCAUAACCCACUAAAUAAAUAUCCAAACUCA